AUGUGUAAUUAUUGUUGUAGAUCCAUAGAACUGUGGCUAAAAACGGGCCGUCGUCACAGCGAAGUGCUCGAUGAACAGAAACUGAGCGAGGGACAGUUGCGUCGCCCCGGUGCUACGGUAAUCCUGUGGUUGAAGUGUGACCAGGCGAUCCAUGACGAACGCCUCAACAACCGUGUAGACUCGAUGUUGCGAGAAGGACUUAUAGAAGAACUUUUGAACUUUCACGACAGUCAUAACAAACAGAGGAUUAAAGACGGCAAGCCACCAGACUACACCAAAGGCGUGUUCCAAACGUUAGGGUUUAAAGAAUUCCACGAGUACCUAAUGCUACCAGAAGAGAAGAGAGACAGCGAUGAGGGCAGAAAGUUACUGCAACAGAGUAUAGAAAACAUGAAAAUGGCAACAAGAAGAUAUGCUAGGAGACAGAAUAAAAUGGUCAAAGGACGGUUUCUGGACAUUCCUACCAGAGAGGUACCACCAAUUUACGAAUUGAAUACAACAGAUCUAUCUAAAUGGGAUAAUGAAGUAAAGGACAAAGCAAUAGCAAUCAUUGAAAGUUAUAUAAAUAAUGUUCCUUGUAGCUAUGAACCAUUAAAAAGAAAUAUAGAUGAGGAAAAAACAAAAAUUGACAGACAUUCUUGCAAUUAUUGUGAAGUGUGCGAAAGGCUUAUUAUCGGCGAUAAGGAAUUCUCAAUACAUAUGAACUCACAUAAGCACAAGAGAGUUUUAAAAAAGAAAAAUAAAUUAUUAGCACAAGAAGAAAAAAAAGAAAAGCAAGAAAAUAAUAAAGAGCAAAUCUAA